AUGAGUACAAUUUCAUGCACAACAGAUAGCGAUUGCGACUUUAAUUUUUAUUGCAGUUCUGACUUGACUUGUGUUCAUGACUCACUUUGGCCUCCAUCAGUUUUAGAUGUAAUUACAUAUUUAUUGAUUCCUGUAGUAGUAGGUAUUGGUAAUGUUGGAGGAUUAGGAGGAGGUAUUGUAAAAGUCCCUAUGCUUAUGCUUAUGCUAAAUUAUUAAACGAAGGUUGCGACAUUUAUUUCUUACUGCAUAUUAUUUGGAAGUUGUUUAGCCAAUUCAACACUCCUCAUUUUUAAAAAGCAUCCUUUAUUAGACAAGCCCAUUAUUGAUUAUAAUAUUGUUCUAAUGAUAAAUCCUAUGGUCCUAUUAGGAACUAAUAUUGGUAUUUUCUUAAAUAUUCUUUUACCUGAAAUUGCUGCUGGCAUACUCUUUAUAUGCUUUUUGAUAUUGAUAUCACCUUACAUGUUCAAAAAGGGUUUAAAUUUAUAUAGACUGAAAAAAGAACAAUAAAAGUGCUAAUUAAGCGAGCAACUUUUAGAAAAUGACUAAGAAAACGAAGAAAAUGAAGAAAAUAAUGGUAAAGCAGGAUUUUCUUUAUAAGAAAUAGAAAAAAAUGUGAAUAACUACCAAAAAAUCAAUUAGGAUAUUAACAAGAACCCAAAAGAAUAAUAAGAUGCUUUUAGCUUCAAAAAGUUAUAAAAUACAAAAGACGUCUAAGAAGUAGAAUCAAUUAUGCCCUAAAAUCCUAGGGCUUAAUUUAAUAAUAAAUAGUAGCAUAGCUAAGCAUCAGAUAGCUCAAAAGUUUUAUCAAAGUCUUAGUUAAUCGAAGAAGAAGUAGCUAGAGAGAGAACUAACUCCUACUUUUAAGCAGAAGAAGCAAAUCAAGACCACUUAAAAAGGUAGUCAAUUUUGAUAAGUCAAAAUGCAAUCAAAGAAAGUGAAGUAGGAUAAAAUAAAAUAUUUGUUGAUGCAACUGGAAGUGAAGAAUUAGAAGCUUUUUAUCAAGAAGAGUACAAACAAGUUCCUACAAAGAAGCUUAUUCUACUCAUAGUAGUUUUCUUCUCAGUAUAAAUGCUCGUUUUUAUUAGAGGUGGAAAAGGGUUGAGCAGUUUUGUAGGAAUCACAACAUGUUCUACUGCUUAUUGGGUUACUAAUGGUGGAAUAGUUUUAUUAGCAUUUGUUGCUGCCUUUGUCAUCAGAUUCUUUCUUUAGAAAUGGGAAAAGAAUAAAAGAAUUUUUAUUGAAAAGUAUCAUUUAGAGGAUGAAUUUGCAAGUGAUUUAGAUGUGAAUAACAAUAUGAAUUAUAUUAAAAUUUCAUUAGCAGGUUUGACUGCUGGUAUGUUAGCUGGUACAUUUGGUGUAGGUGCAGGAUUAGCUCUUGUUCCUAUUCUACUAGCAUCUGGAGUACAUCCUUAAGUAGCUGCUGCAACAUGUGGGUUUAACUAUUUUUUUAUUUCUACAACAACGAUUAUUUAAGUUUUCACUAAUGAUUACUUAAACAUUUCUUAGAUUAUUCUCUUUAGUAUUCUUUCUUUUAUAGGAGGAUUCUUAUGUGCUAAAUUAAUCUACAGAUAUGUUGAAAAAAAGAAGGCUAGCUAUUUGAUUGUCUUUAUAGUUUUUGGGUUAGCAAUUCUAAAUAUAUUAGCAUUUAUAGUCUACCUAACAAAAAAAGGAGUUAGAUAUGGAUGGGAUAGUUUAGUGAAUCAAACCCCAUUUUGUGAAGUUCAAUGA